UUCCUCUUAUUUCUCAGCAGCAGUGCAGUCAGCUGCAGGUCACAUGACUGGCUUGCCUGAUCUAACCGAGCAUGCUCAGACCCUUCAGUGUUGUCAGGCAAAAUAUAAGACAGCAGUAGGAGCAGAGAGAGAUCUGCAAUAGAUAAACACACCGACUCGGAUACACUAACCGAUUUGCUCACGGGCACACGUCACGAGCAUCGACGCCGCACAACUGGAGGAUUAUAGAGCUAAUUUCUCUAGUUUCCUAUUUUGAUGGGUGUACGGUUUCAUCAUUUCAGCCACAGAACGAGGCGGGCAGGUGUGCCCUUUAAGAGGGGGAGCAGCUGAGGCAAGAGCAGCAUCCAAGUCUCCAUCCUCUCUGGAGGCUGCAAUGGUUUGCAGUAUUCAAAGGCCCAAACCUGUCUGAGUGCGCCUAUGACCAGCAGACACAAUGGACAUCAAAGGCCAGUGUUGGACAGACGAGGAGUCAGAUGGGGAGAAUGAACCAGAGCAGUUGUACGGCAUUCAGGGGAGCUGUGCUGCUGACCUGUACCGCCACCCCCAACUGGAUGCAGACAUAGAAGCAGUAAAGGACAUCUACACCGACAGCGCAGUGUCUGUCAGGGAGUAUGGAACCAUUGAUGAUGUAGACAUCGAUCUUCAUAUUAACAUCGGUUUCUUAGAUGAGGAGGUUGCGACAGCUUGGAAAGUUAUCAGAACAGAGCCCAUUAUUCUGAGACUGCACUUUUCUCUUUCUCAGUACCUCGACGGACCUGAGCCCUCGGUAGAAGUGUUCCAGCCCUCCAAUAAAGAAGGCUUCAGCCUGGGCCUGCAGCUCAAAAAGAUCCUGAGCACGUUCACCUCACAGCAGUGGAAGCACCUCAGUAAUGAGUUCCUCAAGGCCCAGCAGGAGAAGAGGCACAGCUGGUUCAAAAGCCGGGGGAACUCAAGAAGUUUCAGUGCCGGGCUCAGCAUUUUCUCCCCCAUACCCAAGUCUCCAAGUUUUCCACUGAUCCAAGACACCGUUUUAAAGGGAAGCUGAGCGUCCCUGAGCUGGAGGAUGACCCGUCUGAUGAACCGCUCCAUCUCUUGUACCAUGAAGAACCCUAAAGGGGAACUCUUCAGCUAUCCACCGAACAGCCAGGCGGGCGGGCACUGCAAGAACAUCCCUACCUUGGAAUAUGGCUUCCUAGUACAGAUAAUGAAAUACUCAGAGCAAAGGAUCCCCACACUCAACGAGAACUGUGUGGUCUGCGAUGAACAGCACGUUUUUCAAAAUGGAUCCAUGCUCAAGCCUGCUGUGUGCACCAGGGAGCUGUGGGUCUUCUCCUUUUACACUCUGGGUGUGAUGUCCGGAGCUGCAGAGGAAGUGGCCACCGGUGCAGAGGUGGUCGACCUGCUGGUGGCUAUGUGUCGAGCUGCCCUCGAAUCUCCCCGCAAGAGCAUCAUCUUUGAGCCCUACCCAUCUGUAGUUGACCAUGACCCCAAGACUCUGGCCUUCAACCCGAAGAAGAAGAAUUAUGAGAGACUGCAGAAAGCACUGGACAGUGUCAUGUCCAUCCGGGAAAUGACCCAGGGCUCAUAUCUAGAGAUCAAGAAGCAGAUGGACAAGUUGGACCCUUUGGCUCAUCCCCUGCUACAGUGGUACGUAAAGUGUCAGGCUUGGGCAGGUGUCGGACCCACAUGCACGGCGCAGAAACACAGAUGUGAUUAA